UUGCUGAGGGAGAAGAAAGGGAAGCCGGGCGAAACCAUUCGUUUGGCCAAUUGUGCAAAGAUUAACGAGCACUAAUAAACAUCUGGAUUCGGAUUUCAGAGAGGAUUAGGGGCGUGUAUCUGAAUUAGAUGGUAAGAUUACGAAUCUCGGUAAUUUGGGGUUGAAUUAGCCUCUUAAUCACACGGUCAACGGCGCUGAAACCCCCCACAUCCAAACAGGCAACUGGGAUGCGGAGAUGAUUUCUGUGACGCUGCGAUGGAUGUCUGCGAAGAUAGCGAAAUGAAAACUAAAAGAAGGUUUGAUGUCAGGUUGGUUUAGUCGUGUUUAUUUGGCCUAUUUUCAUACUGCUGACCAUGAUUUUGCUGCGGAGGCUCCUGCAGUUCUUGGUGCUGCUGAUCCAGAUCGGAUGGUCGGGGGUCGCGCCAAGCCCCACCGAUGAGGGAGCACUCAGGACCGGCCACGGCGAGCACGGAGAACCGGGACACCAGGAGCCGCACAAGGACUCCUACAGCACCUUCGCCUCUGAGUUCCUGGAGUCCAGAUAUCUCUCCGAUGACGGUUAUCCGUUCCCCACCGCCCCACCAGUGGACCCCUUCGCCAAGAUCAAAGUCAGCGACUGUGGAGUAACCAAAGGCUGCAUAAGAUAUGGAAAGCCGGGAUGUGAUGCAGAGACAUGUGACUACUUUCUGAGUUAUCGUCGCAUUGGUACAGACGUGGAGUAUGAGAUGAGUGCAGACACAGACGGCUGGGUGGCCGUAGGUUUCUCCUCUGACAAGAAAAUGGGAGGAGAUGAUGUCAUGGGCUGUGUCCACGAUGAUAACGGUCGUGUGCGGAUUCAUCACUUCUACAAUGUUGGCCAAUGGGCCAAAGAAAUCAAGAGAAACCCAGCAAGAGAUGAAGAGGGUAUUUUUGAGAACAACCGGGUGACCUGCCGUUUCAAACGGCCACUUUAUGUGCCCAGAGAGGAAACACUUGUGGACUUGCACUUGUCAUGGUAUUACCUGUUUGCAUGGGGACCUGCCAUACAAGGUUCUAUCACAAGGCAUGACAUUGACAGUCCUCCAGUCAGCGACCACAUGAUCAGCAUCUAUAAGUACGAGGACAUCUUCAUGCCUUCCACGGCCUACCAGACCUUCAACUCUCCCCUCUGCUUACUGCUCAUAGUAGCCCUCACCUUCUACUUACUAAUGGGAACACCAUAAAGAAGCACAGAAUGGAGAAAAGAGGAAAGAGGAGAUGAAGCAGCAAUAAAACAAGUUGCCAUUUUUUUCAGAUGCCACAUUCAAAUGUGCACUUUGCACAGAGAGACUACAUUAGAUGUAUUAAAUAUAACAGAGAGCAUAUACUGUGUUCGUUACUCUGAACCUAUACAGAGGAUCUUGACAAAUUAUUAGACCUUUAUGAUAGAGGUAUCAUGAAUUGUUAAUAGUACAAGACAAGAGGUCUGAUAAAAGAGUAGUGUUAUAGUAUAAAUAAGCCAAUUAUUUUCAGUAUUUUUGAUAGCUGCCAAGUAUUUAAAAAAGGUGAGUGCACAUCCCAAUAAAUGAAUGUCACAAAUUUUUGAAAAUACUGCAUGAACUGGGAAUUCUGGGAAUGGUUUCAAAACCCCACUGUUCACUGGGGAUGAGAAGACAGUGCUUCAUGUUGAACCUGGCAAAAACAAAGGUUUUCUGAGGACAAAUGAAAACAGACAGCUCGCAGCUUGUGUUUACUCAUGUUUACCAUGGCUACCAUCCUUUGUAUAAACAAUGGAACAAAUUAUUUGGUGGUUUGUACUAUCAGAAUAUAGUUUUUAGAAUUUUAGGAACUGCCCACAGUAUGCAUUUACCAUAAAAAGAUUUUAUUGACAUUUUCUAAUUUUUAUGUUUGAGUCAUCUCACUUGUCAUAAUGUCCUUUAAAAUGUUUUUCCUCCCUUUCUCAACCACCAUGGGUUUAUCAGUAUUCUGACACUGUGCUCAAGAGACAGAGAAAUACAGAAAGAGAUUGCUAUAUUAGUUACUAUUGCAUACACAAGCAAUAUCACAGAACAUUUUGCUUGGACAUAGACUGUUUUACCCCUGGAUGUUAAUUUAGUCUGUAUAAAAAUUGAUGCAUAUGUUAAA